AAAUAGGUAAAUAUAAUUCUUAUUAUUGUUCUGUUUUUAAUUUUAGGCGCAUUUUUCUAAACAUAUUAUUGAUUGUUUAUAAAUAUUUUUUUGUAUAAAUCCACGUGUUGCUAAAGGAAAUGGUUGUAUUUACAUGUGGACAUUGCGGAGAAUCUGUCCAGAAGCCUAAAGUCGAAAAACAUUAUUUAACAAAAUGUAGGAAUCGGAAUCCCAAUUUGUCUUGUAUGGAUUGUUUUAAGGAUUUUUUUGGUAAUGAAUAUGAAAAUCAUAUUAAAUGUAUAACAGAGGAAGAGAGAUACUCCGGAAAAGGGUUUGUUGCAAAAGAGAAAAAAGGUGAAAAAAUGCAAAAUGCUUGGGUAGAGAUUUUACAAUCUGUGCUAGAUGAGCAUAAAAAUGUAUCUGGAAAUGUGAGACGCAUAAUAGAUACAGUUAGUAAGCACAACAACACUCCACGCAAGAAGCCGAAAUUUAUAAAUUUUGUCAAGAAUGUUUGUGGUCAAAAGACAAACCCAAAGGAUAUUGAUCAAGCCUGGGACUUGAUCUCUGUAAAAUUAUCUGAAUUAUCAAAUGCACGGAACAAUCAAAAUAAAAAUAAUGAAUCAAUUACAAAUGGUGAUACUGCAAAGGAAAAAGAGAAUGGUGAAGAUGCUGACCAUGAAUCUAAAGAUAAUGAAACGGAAAAUAAAGGUGACACAGAAGUAAUUAAUGGUAAUGUGGAAAAUGGAGAAGACAAAAAGUUAACCAAAAAACAGCGCAAGGAAGAAAAGAAACGUAAGAAGUAUGAAGCAGAGUUGCAAAGUGCUGUAGCUCCAUUGGUUGAGGAAGAAGAAGAAACUCAAGUGAAGAAAGGGAAGAAGAAGAAGAACAGGACUGAAUCUGUAAAUGGUGAAUCUGAAGAGAAUGUACAAGUAGAGGGCAAAAAACAAAAGAAAAGAAAGAGGCAAGAUACUGUAAACGGGGCUCAGGAGUUGAUCGAAAAUGUUAACAUUGAAAACAUUGAAAAUGAACCACUAAAUAAAGAAAAAGCACAAAAAAAGAAAUUGAAGGUUUUAGACACAGAUCUAGAUGUUGAAAAUAUUUGUUUACAUGAUCAGAAUGUUGCUAAUACUGAAAAUGCAGAAAUUACUGCCAAAAAUGGCAAAUUUGAUUGGCAUGCUGUUAUUAUUUCAGUUUUGGAGAAAAAAGGAAAUGAAGUUCCCUUUAAACGUUUACAAAAGAAAGUUUUGGCAGAAUUUUUUGAGACGACUGGUCAAGAUGUUGAUGAUAGAAUUGCAGAUAAAUUUAUCAAAAAAUUGAAGAGUGCUCCAAAUGUUAGGGUUGAUAAGAACAGGGUGCUGCUUUUGCAGUAGUUUAACAUUAGAAUGAUUGAUUAGAUUCUAUACAAGAUUUUUAAUAUAACAAUAAUGUUUCUGAUGAUGUUUUUCCUCUAUAUCUGCUUUACUUCAAAAUGUAUUAGAUAUUUUGAUUUUAAAGUACCUACUUAAUAUAGUCAUUUCGACGAUAGAAACUGUUAUUAAUAUAAUAAUAUUUUUAAGUAAAACUGCCACUAAAGAUUGUGUAUAUGUUUUUUUUAUUGAAAUGCAUUGUAGCUAUUUUAAGAAUCUAAAAUUCAAGAGACCAAAAAGAUGUGUAAAAUACUUUUCUUACUACUUAAGAUACUAUAAUUAUAUCUAAUUUAUAUCUGUGGAUUCAUACUUUAGGUGCAUUUUUUCAGACAUCUAUAUCCUAUGAAAAAUCGAAUUUCAGACAGUUUUUAUAGUAAAAUAUGAGAUAUAUUAAUACUUCUGUAGAUCGGUCAAUAAAGACA